AUGGUCUUCGAGGAUGGAUGGGCGCCGGGACGACGCUGGGUUCAGGUGCUCAGGCGGCCGGGCAAGCACGCUACCGUCUGCCUCGACGGCUACCUGAGCAAGGACUUCACCUACGAUGACGAGUCGUGCUACCGGAGGGCAGCCGUGCAGCAUCUUGCGCUGUUCGUGCCGUGGAGUCCUUCCUGGGCGAAGGAACAGCUGCUUCGACGAUCCGCCGAAGACGCAAAACGCGACGCCAAGCAAUGGGCAGCCUCGUCCGGCGAUGGCGACCCGACGGUCGCACACGUCGAGGAGGGUGGAGCAGGCGAGGCGGGCGCGGAGUCUGCAGCGACAUAUCAGCCCAACAGCAUCGGAGACGCAACGCGGCUCAUCGACGUCGUCCGAGGUGCAGUGGGAGCGAAUCAGGUGACGGCCAAGUCGCCGGAGCUCAUGGCAAUGAUACAGCAGCUCUGUCGGUUUCAGCAAUCGGCGCUGCGCUCGACGGCCGAGCUCGAGGCCACGGCGCUGAUCGAACGAGGGGAGGCGGUUAAGCAUGCCGGGGCGGGUAUUUCCCGGGGCCGCCCUACCGCCGCAGGAUCAGGUCAAGGCUAUCAAGUCGCAGCAGUCCAUCGCUUUUCUGAUAAUAUGCCGCCAGCUCGAUUUGAUGCAGCAGACCGACGGGGCGAUGCCUGCCAGCUGCGCCAGUUCGUCGGUGGCGAGGGCGGUACCGGCAAGUCGCGAAUCAUCGAGGCACUCGUCGAGCUGUUCAGUAAAAAGAGCCUUUCGAAUCGUCUGCUGAUCACGGCGACGUCGGGGACUGCGGCGGCGCGGAUCAACGGCAUCACGAUCCACUCCGCCUGCGGGUUCACUAAAGACCAAGGGGCGGGGGGCGCGAACAUGGAGAAGGAUGUGCUCGUCAUCGACGAGGUGAGCAUGCUCGGGGCGCGGACGCUGCACGCCGUGAACGAGCGGCUUCGCCGGCUUCGCGGAUCGCGGCAAGAUUUCGGGGGGAUCCCCAUCGUCCUCUUCUGCGGAGAUUUUCAGCAGUUCCGGCCGGUCCAAGAGAGGUCGAUCGUCCUGCCUAGCGCGGCCAUCUCGUGGGACGUAGACAACUCGUUCAAGGCCGAGCAGCGUCACCAGCACGACAAAGCGCACGCACUGUGGAAGAGGUUCACGACGGUCGUCAUGCUGGACGAGCAGAUGCGCGCCGCCGGCGACCCGGAGCUGCAGAGGCUGCUGAAGCGGAUCCGUCUAGGCGUGCAGGAUCGGACGGAUCUAAACCUCCUCAACUCAAGGAAUCGGUGGAACCUGAACAUGGAGGCGAGCCUGGCGUUCCGGGUCCAGCAGCGGUCGACGAUGCGCAUUUUCAUCUCCGAGCACAAGUGGAAGGAGGAGCUGCCGACGGAGGAAGAGGCGAUCAUGAUACUCAACCAGGGCGACGAUAGCGCGAUCCCGGUGCCGGCCGUCUUCAUGCGUACCGGGGCAUCGGAUCUCGGCCGAUAUGACGAUCCACUUCGGCCGCCGGCGGGGAUCAUUCUCGAAUCGGAGACGACGAGAUAUCUCCACUUCUGCCAGCGAAAAAGGCCGUGGCAACGCAACGACGUCAGCCGAAAGGGUUUGCCGUGCGCAGCAGCGUUCGCGUGCACGGACUACAAGGUGCAGGGCAAAACGUUGGAGCGCGUGGCCCUCGAGCUGCGAGGGACACGGACGACGAAGAUGGAUGGAACGGUGGUGCCCUCGCAGUGCGACCCGUACGGCCUGUACGUGCAGCUAUCGCGCUGCCGAACUCUAGACGGCAUCAUGCUCGUGUCCAAGGUGCGGGACAGAGACUUGGUGGGCAACCGGGUCCCGAGGAGAUGA